AUGUCAGGGACGUCAAAUGCAGAGGCUGAAGGAGUAGUCUCCAAAGUACAAGUGAAAAAGGAGAUCAAGACAAUCGUGGAGAAUUUGGAAACCAUCCUGGGAGACCUCAAGGAUGUAGCCAAAGAGCUCAAAGAGGUUGUUCAUGAGAUUGACACCCUGACUUGUGACCUGCAACUGGAGGAGGACGGACUGACAGACAGCUCGAAGACGGACACGCUCAACUCCAGCUCGAGUUCCACCACCACCACCACUGCUUCCAGCCUGGAGAAGAUGAAGCUCUACCCUGAUGACUGCAUCUUUAAAACACCUGCGCCCAUCAUCCCGGUCCCUGUCAACCCUCCUGCAGUACUGACUGUACUCAAGAAACCCCACCCGCCCCUACCACCACCAAGACUUACCACGCUAAGAGCCGAGGAUCAAAACAUUAAGAAUUUGCCUCAUCCGACAUUAGUGUUAUCAGGGAAUAUAUCCAAGGCUAACGGGUCUCUGUUGAGGAAUGGGGGGGUUUUCGCAUUGAAACCAAACAGGGAUUUAUUUUCCUCCACACCGUGUUUCAUUUCUAGUGACAGUGGGAUCCCUGAGUCGGGGCUUGUUCCUACAUUGCCCAGGCCCAUGCCCCUUCUCCGUCAUGAAAAGAACAAAUGCCCCAAGGCCCCCGGCAGGGAGCCUCGUGAGAGGGAGCGUGUCCGUUUCAGUGAGAAAGUUCAGUACCAUGGCUACUGCCCAGACUGUGACCUCCAGUAUGAUGUAGAUGACACAGAACUACACUUACAGGCUGAGCUGAAUGACUUGAGGCUCAGCCCAGUGCAUUGCUGCUCUUCCUCCUCCCCCCCUCCACCUCAUGCUCUUCCUCAUGAUCUAAUGUUGGAAAACGGCGGCCUCUCGGUCAGCCACAGUUUCCCGCCAACAUCAAACACUCCUCCACCUUGUGUGCCUCCUCACCCGCCUUCCCUGAAGCCCCAGAAAACAAUUCUACGCAAAUCAACCACCACCACGGUUUGA